UCUGCCACGAUGUUGCGUAUAAUUUGUCUCCUUGUGUUCUUUAGUGUAAGUGAAGCAAAACCACAGUGCAUCAAUUGUAACUCUUAUGACGGAGCUGGAUUUAAUAUGAAGUAUAUAAAUAAUAAAUUCUAUAAUCCUUAUUUGGAUGAUUCAGAGACUUUUGAAAAUGUGCAUCAGGUACAUCAAAAUGUUGAAAAUGUUUUUGAUGUAAAUAAUAUUAUUUAUAAUAAGGCCCUUAAUCCCUAUUUGGUUGAUAGCACUGAAAACCAAAGAGAUCCAAAUAUAUUUGAUAUCAAUGGAAUGAUAAAUAAUAAUCCAUACUUCCAUAAUUAUUUUGAUGAUGUUAAACAAGGAAAACAGCCGCAUUUUGCUGAUUCAGAUUAUUUUAACUACAAUAAUCAAAGAAAUGAACCUAUAGAUGUGUUUAAUACCAAUGAGAAUUUCGUUCCACAUAUGCAUGAUACAAAUAUAUUUAACUACAACAAACAAAAAAAUGAAAAUGCUAAGAAUGUAUCUAAUACAAAUGAUGACUUCGUUCCACAUUUUGAUGGUACAGAUUUAUUUAACUACAAAAAACAAAAUAAUGAAAAUACUAAGAAUGUAUUCAAUAAAAAUGAUGAGUUCGUUCCACAUUUUGAUAAUACAGAUAUAUUUAACUACAAAAAACAAAAUAAUGAAAAUACUAAGAAUGUAUUCAAUAAAAAUGAUGAGUUCGUUCCACAUUUUGAUAAUACAGGUAUAUUUCACUACAAUAAACGAAAAAAUGUAAUUAAUACAAAUAAUGACUUCGUUCCACAUUUUGAUGAUACAGAUAUAUUUAACUACAACAAACAAAAAAAUGAAAAUACUAAGAAUGUAUCUAAUACAAAUGAUGACUUCGUUCCACAUUUUGAUGGUACAGAUUUAUUUAACUACAAUAAACAAAAAAAUGAAAAUACUAAGAAUGUAUUCAAUACAAAUGUUGAUCCACAUUUGGAUGACAGAGAUAUUUUUGACUAUAAUUAUAAGAUAAAUGAAACAACUGAGAACGUAUUUAAUGUAAAUGAUAACUUUGUUCCACACCUGGAUGAUUUAUAUGAUUUUAAAGACAAGAAUGAAACAAAGGAAACCACUAAUACUAUAUUAAAUGAUACUUCUACUAUUAUUGUACCGCGCUUAAAUAACACAGAUAGUCUUAGUGACGUAAAUCAAAGACAUCAAAAAACGGAAAAGGUGUUUAAUGAUUUAGCUCAGAGUCUUAUCGAGGCUGAAAAAGUUUUAAAGAGUUACGUUGACAAAAACGAGAGAGCAAUCGAAAUAUAUAGCAAGGAAGAAUAUUCUUGCACAUAUUCCAUCAAGAAUUACGACGAAUCCUCGGUGAUUAUAAAUAUAAAACAUAGAGUUAUGCGAGUAAUGGCUAUUUCAAAAGCCGAUGUGACAGAAAAGGUAUUAGAUGAUAUUAGAAUAUUGCCUGACAGACUACAAAUAAGUACAGCAACGUACAUACUGGAAAACGAAAUUUUAACUAUUAAUGUGCGUUUUGAACAGAGACAAGACGUGUACGAUGAGCCCAGGGUAGACACGUUCGUAGUGCCUUAUAACAUAAAUACCUUGUUGAGAUAAUGUGACAGACUGAACAGUUACUUGUACAUGUAAAAAGUAUUCCACUUUUUAACCAACUUCCAAAAAGGAAGAGGUUUUAUGUUCGGCUAUAUGUAUGUUUUGUAUUAUUACAAUGUUAAUCUGUGACAGAUCUUCACUUAGUGUGCUUUUAUUUUAAUAAACAUAAAAAUUGCAUUCUGAAUAAUAGUUUCGUCACUAUCGAGGUAUCACUAUACGAAAAAAAAAAUUCAAACUUACGACUACCUUUAGAGAUAACCUAACUUUUUAAUACCUCUAAAAAUAACAUGAUGGCGUUACGUAUAUGUUGAUUUUUAAAACCGUCACUUUAUUAGAUAGAAAAUAUUGGCUAUUCAAUUCAAUUCUAAUUCUUAGUUUCAAUGACAGUUGUCAAUUGUGAAUAUUAUUAUUCAUUUUAAUUAAAAGAACUGUUAUU